AUGGUUGAUGCACUAUAUGCUGCCCUAGAGAAAGUUGGUGGACCAGGUUUGAGAAUUGUUGUUUCAGAGACUGGAUGGCCAAGUGCUGGAAAUGGGGACGUAGCAGUUGUUCCUAAUACUCAAGUUUAUGUUAAUAAUGUGUUGGCUCACGUCAAAUCUGCAGUGGGUACUCCUAGGAGGCCUGGAAUUCCUAUAGAAACUCACAUAUUUGCUCUCUUCAAUGAAAAUCUCAAGCCAGCUGGUGUUGAACAGAAUUUUGGAUUGUAUUAUCCAAAUAUGACUGAGGUUUAUGCUGUCACUUUUUAG